AGGAUAUUGAGAACCUAUAAUGAAGUUAUCAUUAAUCUAUUUUUGUAGCCCUUUUACGCUCCAUGAUAAUUAUCAAAUAUCGACUAAUCCGGGUGCUGUCAUGAAUUUGUGUUUUUUGGUUAUUAGUGAUCCAGUAGUACACUCCAACACGAAUGAGAGAUCUUCUGUGAAAGCCCUACUAGAGAAGUUGAUACUGGAAGAAGAUCAAUUCGAUGUACGAGACAUUCUGCCAAACACUGUACCAGAUCCGUCGUCGUUGGUACUUCAAUCCGAUUACGCUUGUCCUUCUGGUCAAGUUGUUAUGGCACCAGAUUGCGUUCCUUGUUCCAUCGGAUCCUACUACAACAAAGAUACAAAGACCUGUAUUUCUUGCGCUCAAGGAUUCUAUCAGAGCGAAUCUGGACAGCUACAGUGUAUACAAUGUCCUGUUAUUGCUGGCAGACCAGGAGUAACAGUUGGACUUGGAGCUCGAAGUGCUGCUGAUUGCAAAGAGCGUUGCCCAGCUGGAAAAUACUAUGAUCAUGAUGCUGGUUUAUGUCGCAGCUGCGGACACGGAUUCUAUCAACCCAACGAAGGAUCUUUCUCUUGCGAAAUUUGUGGUUUGGGAAAAACUACAAGAACGAACGAAGCUGUUUCAGUUAAAGAAUGUCGUGAUGAAUGUGGCAGUGGAAUGCAGCUUGCAUUGGACG